AUGGGUGAGGUGCAGAAGGGGCUGCUCUCUGUCAUCCAGAAGCUGAAAAGCUCCCCGGAGCAGGAGCUCCGUAUUGUCCUGCUGGGGCUGGACAAUGCUGGAAAGACCACGCUGCUGAAAUGCCUGGCGUCCGAGGAGGUCAGCACCAUCACACCCACCCAGGGGUUCAAUAUAAAGAGCGUCCACUCACACGGCUUCAAGCUGAAUGUCUGGGACAUUGGGGGGCAGCGCUCCAUCCGUCCGUACUGGAGGAAGUAUCUGGGCAACACCGACCUGCUGAUUUAUGUCAUUGACAGUGCAGACCAGAAGCGCUUCGAGGAGACGGGGCAGGAGCUGGCAGAGCUCACUGAGGAGGAAUCUCUCAUGGGAGUCCCGCUUCUGGUGUUUGCCAACAAGCAGGACCUUGUGACUGCAGCACCUGCAGCUGAAAUCGCAGAAGGGCUGAGCCUCCACACCUACCGGGACCGGGAAUGGCAGAUCCAGUCCUGCUCAGCCCUGUCUGGGGAAGGAGUGCAGGAUGGGAUGAACUGGAUUUCCAGCCAGAUCAUGAAUCGGAAGAAAUGACAGCUGAUAAGUGCAGGACUGGACCAAACUGCACAUUCCUUAGCCAUGGUCAAGCUCUUGCCCCUAUGCUCCCCCUGAAGGCUUGCCUGGGCCUUGACCCCCAAACUACCAUGCUUGGAAGGGUUUUCCCACCCAGUUUUUCAUUGAUCAGUCAGCUUCCCUCCUCUC